AUGACAAAACCAACCGAAGCGGAAGUUCUGUUCGAUUCUCUUCCUCUAGACCCAACAGGUCCACCCGGAAACGCCUGGGGCAGAUUUGGCAAAGAUGACCAGCUAGGAACCUUGAACUUGCUCACUCCGGAGCGAGUUGUCGAAGCCGCAAAAGAAAUUCGGACCGGGGUGCGCAUCUCGCUCGACUGGCCCCUUAGCAUGCCAUCGCAUCCGAGCUUCAACCGUGACCCUUUCAAGCAAGAAAUUGUGCUUCGAAGUCCGAAUUGUAUCUUUGAUGACGUCUUAAGCUUCAAUAGUCAAGGUUCAACGCAGUGGGAUGGAUUUAGACAUUAUGGUAUUGCCUCUGAAGCGUGGUGA